GGCGGCGGGAGCGGGGCCGGCCGGGAGCGGCCAGCGGGGAGCGCAGGUGACUGGUAGAAGGGAGAGACCUGUUCUUGACAAUGUCAAGAAGAAAGCUGGAGAAUAAAAGCCUUUCUGGCUUGUUAGACACACCUCUGCACACAGCAAUCAAGACAGAGAAUUUCCACAAUUUUUAUACGCUUGAAUCAAAACAGCUAGGAAGAGGAAGAUCUGCUGUGGUUAGAAAAUGUAUAGCUAAAUCCACAGGCCAAGAGUAUGCAGCUAAAUUUUUAAAGAAGAGAAGAAGAGGCCAAGACUGCAAAGCAGAAAUUCAUCAUGAAAUUGCCGUACUUGAAUUAAUGAAAUCUAAUCCUCGCAUAGUUAAUCUUCAUGAAGUCUAUGAAACAGCAAAUGAAAUCAUCUUGGUGUUGGAAUAUGCUGCUGGAGGAGAAAUGUUUGACUUGUGUGUCCCAGAUCUGGAUUACAGAAUUGGUGAAAGGGAUAUUGUAAGACUUAUAAGACAAAUACUUGAAGGACUUUGCUGCUUGCAUGAAAACAAUAUUGUUCAUCUUGAUUUAAAGCCUCAGAAUAUUUUGCUGAGCAGUGUCAAUCCUCUUGGUGAUGUAAAAAUUGUAGACUUUGGUAUUUCCCGGAAGCUUGAGAAUUCCAGUGAACUGCGGCACAUCAUGGGAACAACAGAGUAUCUGGCUCCAGAAAUCCUAAACUACGAUCCUAUUACCACAGCUACAGACAUGUGGAACAUUGGUGUCAUUUCAUACAUGCUGCUGACACAAGAAUCUCCAUUCGUGGGAGCUGAUAUUCAAGAAACUUACCUUAAUAUAUCUCAAGUUAAUGUGGAUUAUUCAGAAGAAACAUUUGCAUCAGUUUCACAGCCUGCCAAAGACUUCAUUCAAAAACUUCUCAUAAAAAAUCCAGAGGAAAGACCCACAGCAGCGGACUGUCUUUCUCAUUUGUGGUUGCAGCAAGGGGAGCUCACGCUCUUGUGUGGCCCUGAAGAAACCUGUUGCUCUUCUCAGAUGUCAGGACACGCAACGAAAUGCUCAGAAGAGCGGAAUGUAAAAUCCAGUUGUAAUGGUACCUGUAGCGACAAGGAAGACAAAGAAAACAUUCCAGAGGACAGCAGCACAGUCUCCAAACGUUUCCGUUUCGAUGAUUCAUUGCAGUAUCCCCAAGACUUCACGACAGACUUCUUAUGUUAAUGUGUAAUGCAGACUUUUAUAAAAUGAAUUCAGCAUAAUCUAUUCCAGUGGUGAAAAUAAGAUUAUGGCUUGCCAAUUCAUGUAGCAUUGGCGUACUGGAAAUGCACUUUGAUUCUUUUAUGCUGAUGCCUCCUUUUCUAUCCAUUGCUGGCAGUGGAUUUAACUCCUGAGAAAUUGGAGUUGUUGCGCCAAUAAAAUGAAUUAUUUUUUUUUAAGAAGAUAUAAAUAAAUAUUUUUGCACUUUUCGAUUUCUAGUCAAAAAAUGACGCUAGAGUGAACUAACUGAAACCUGAAAAUGAGUUUGUUUAAACUCAACCUUUGCCAAACCGUGGUUGAAUACGUGCAUGCUUUUAUGACUUGCCUUAAUAAGAAAUUGGUCUGAGCAGGGAAACUGAAUCUAGCUGUCUUACUGAACUUACUUGUGACCCUUCUCAUCACUUUAAGUAGAGGCUAAAGUUGGUAUGUUUUGGGACUGAUAAAUCUGUUGGGGUUGCUUGGAAAACUGUUUUCCCUCUGGGACAACUAGUAGUUAUGGAAAUGUUUCUGCCUUAUAGACCUGGUCCUCUUAGGGGUUGUAAUGCACACUCUGUGGUUUUGCUGUGUUGGAUCUCUGCAGUUCUUGAAUAGAAAACGGGUAGACUGUCAGUCCUUGUGCUAGUGGACCUUGGCUUCUUACCAGUAAAUUGUUUGAAGAAGAUGAGGUUCCUAUGCUGAUGUGAAUAUUUGAUGAACUUAUUAGUUUGCUGUUAUAAAACCUCUGAAAUAUUAUCAUCUACCUGUAUUGACCUUUUUCCUUGUCUUAAAAAAAACAACCAGAACACCACAAAACACCACAAAACACCCCCCUCCAAAAGAACAACCAAAAACACACAAAGGAAUCCAAAAACAGAAAGCCUCUUUAUGGUUAAAAGUAGUAACUGAAUAAACUGAAAAUAGCCAUUUUUGCCAGUGAAGCUGGAAUUAACAACUUUUCUUUAUGUCCCUGUAAUGUAAAAGUGCAGUGCAUCUAUGUCAAUUAUUGUUACCCCUGAUGACUCAGCUUCAUGCCUGCUCUGAGAAAUGGACUGCAGUGUGUUAGUAUUUAAAGACAAACUACCUGAUAAUUGUUUUAAGGCUUUUAAUUUGGUUUGCUCGGUGGUAUUUUUUUUAAGUUAUGUCCCUUCCAAUUCCUGUUUCUAGGCUCUUAGGAAAUGCCUAUGUAGCGAGUCUUGACUUAGAGCAAUUGCCAGUGGUGUCUUAAACAGCCUGAAACUAAUACUGACAAAAUAAAUGUCUAAUAGUAACAGAGGCUGGAAGUCUUUUUGUGCAGGGAAUGUAUUAAAACUCUUUACAAAUAUUUUGAAAGUAAGUGUCACUUUAAAAUAUUUUUGGGAUUUUCCACUCCUGAGAGCUUAAGUUUAAUUGUCUUUGAUUUGGAUUUGUUUUGUAUAAUAAAAUACCACAAUCUGAUAAUA